AUGUCGUUGUUUGACGACAAGCCCUCACAAAUGACAGAAGCUGAGUUAGAAGCAAUGAUACGACUUGUUAUCAUCGAAGCUCAGAAAGAGCGAAAUAUUUGUUUAUUCAUCGACGGCCUUGACGAAUUUUCGGGCAAGCCACAGAAACUUAUUGAUUUAAUCAAAUUCAUCUUGGAAUGCCCAAACGUCAAGGUGUGCGUCUCCAGUCGUCCUUGGGUUGUCUUUGAAGAUGCUUUCCAGCACGAUCCCAGUCUGAAGCUCGAAGAUUUGACCUACAAGGAUAUCAAAGGCUUCAUUGCCAAGAACUUUGCUGAGGAUCCGGGAUUUGCUAGACUGGCAAGAAGGGAACCGGAAUACGCAAGUCUGCUAGAAAGUCGCAUCGCAACCAAGGCCGCUGGAGUUUUCUUAUGGGUCAGCAUGGUAGUCAGGUCUCUUUUGUCCGGCAUGGGAAACGACGACAGAGUUUCCGACAUGCAAAGAAGACUUGAUCAGUUACCGCAGGAGUUGGAGACUCUUUACAGCACGAUGCUCGAAUCUCUGGAAGGGUUCUACUUCGAACACGCAGCGCAGUACUUUCUUCUCCUGGAAGCGUGGAAGACAUCGCCGCCUGCUGUGUUGUUUGACUUUGCCGACGAGGAAGUUGGAUACCCCAUCAGUCUCCGCGUGAGAGAGUGCUCCCAGGAUGAGAUCCGCGAGCGAGCCGAGACGGCUCGUCGCAGAAUUAACAGUCGUUGUCGAGGGCUGCUUGAGGUGACAUCCCCAUCGACAGUCACCAAAGGUGUCGAGGGUUUCGGAACAGUACAAUAUCUCCACAAGACUGUGAGGGACUAUAUCCUGAAACCAGCUAUAGACACAAGAAUCAAA